AUGAGCGGCUUUGGUGAUGACGAGAAGCUAAGGGCAGCAAGAGAGCUUGCCCAAAGCUUCUCUAAAUCCAAACCCGCAAAGAAAAAGAACGUGGGUGGUGGUAGCUAUGGCCCUCGUCCAGUCAUCUACGUGCCCCAGCAUCACCAACCGACACCAUUGAUUCGACAUCAUCCAGUUACCAGACCAGCUAUCCAGAAUUUUCCCCCUUCCAACAGCUCAAUCCCACCUCCCAGCAAGAGAAACUACUCUGCUACCACCUCUUUCUCCACUGGAAGAGCAGGAAAAUCUGUCAUUGGGACUUCAGGCCUGGAAUUUCUCAAGGCGUCGGGUGCCAAGGCGCGAGGUAAGCAAAUACAAUCCCAUCAGCUUAAUAACAGCACUAUUAAGCAGACCGAGAAGCUCAACACUAUCCAGCAAAAUGAGAAGAUUAGCAAUGGUACUUCGACAAAUGCUCAUCUUCCCACUAUGCCUCCUCAAGCAUCAGAAAAUGCUCCUUUUGGAAACAUCCUUGAUGCCUUUUUAUCCAUUGUAGCCAAAAAGCCAAGUCUGGGCCAGGAAAUUGACACGUUGACCAAAAUCUUGCCCAAGGCGUUGGAUCUCAAUGCUACUGAAUCAACGCCUUCAGUUGCUCCGCCAAGCAAAGGUCAUUCCGUCGGCGAUACUCCAGUCAAUGAUAACAAUGUGCCUCAGGGAUCUGUUGGAGCCAAUCAAGAUCGAGCCUCAGCUCAUUCGCCCUCAAACAAGGUCUCUUCCGCCGCCACAGCCGUCGUCUCGAAUACUGGUAAGGCCCAGGGACAGACUGUCAGCACAAAUGGAGUGUCGAAAGUCUCUGUUACAGUGACAAAGGGAUUAGCAGCCUCGUCGUGGGCAUGA